UGAACCUUCGUGAAUUGGGCCAUUAUUGAUGGGCUAACGUCAUCCCAAAAGCCUAUGAAACAUGAGGUCUGGAAUUCUCUGGAGCCCACUGUGGCACUGCCCAAGCGUCAAGAUGCUUAAAAAACGUUUUAUCACAAAAAAAAUAAAAUGAAAUGGAGAUGCGUGAAAACGCUGUUGUGUAGAGCAGAACGCGCUUGGAAAUUGGAAUCGUCCUAAAGGCUAAAACGCCAUGAACAAAUUUGGCGCCCAAUUUCGUCGCCGGCAAUGUUACCCAGCCUCCUUCUCUCUCACCGUUUAGUUCCUGCCGUCUCCCACUCCCAACGCCAUUUCCUUCACAUCUCUCGGCCCCAUCAGCUGAACCCACCAAAUCCUCCAAUCGAAACACCGCCUUAUCCUCACCAGAAUAAGAAUCAUCCAAAACCCAUCUCAGUCCCUGCCGGUAACUUCCAGAAACACCUCGUGAUUUCUGCAUUAAAAUCUGUCACCCAUGAGACCCACUUUCUCCAAAUACACGCUCUCAUUGUCCGUGCAUCCCUCCUUCAAGACCCUGCAAUUUCCCUCCCCUUCUUGUCCUGUGUUUCCCUCCGGGGUUUCUUUCCGGAUCCCUCGUAUUCCCGCCGUUUUUUUGACCGAAUUAUCAACCCUUCGGUUUCUCACUACAACAUCAUGAUCAGAGCAUACUCUAUGAGCUGUUCUCCUGAACAAGGCCUCUAUUUAUAUCGAGAUAUGAAAAGACGUGGCAUUCUUCCAGACCCAUUGUCCUCUUCUUUUGCUGUCAAGGCUUGCAUUAAGAUUCUUCAUCUUCCUUGGGGGGUUCAGGUUCAUGGAAGUAUCUUGAAACAUGGGCAACGAUCAGAGAACCUUUUGCUGACAACUCUCAUGGACCUGUAUUCUCGCUGUGAGAGACUGGGUGAAGCAUGGAAACUGUUUGAUGAGAUGUCGCAGAGAGAUACUGUGGCUUGGAACGUCAUGAUUUCUUGCUGCAUUCGUAAUAAUCGGGGCCGGGAUGCUUUGAGCUUGUUCGAUGUUAUGCAGGGUGAAAGCCAUAGGUGCGAACCCGAUGAUGUUACGUGCUUACUCCUGCUUCGAGCUUGCGCCCAUUUGAAUGCUUUGGAAUUUGGGGAGCGAAUUCACGAUUACAUUACAGAAUAUGGCUACGGUGGGUCUCUGCGCUUGUCUAAUUCUCUCAUAUCCAUGUAUUCUCGAUGUGGUUGUUUGGAUAAGGCUUAUCAGUUAUUCAAGACAACAGAAAAUAAAAAUGUGGUUUCAUGGAGUGCGAUGAUCUCUGGUUUGGCAAUGAAUGGGUACGGGAAACAAGCUAUGGAAGCAUUUGAAGAGAUGCAGAGAAUGGGGAUUCGUCCAGAUGAUCAAACAUUCACGGGAGUUCUCUCUGCUUGCAGCCAUUCUGGGUUAAUCGAUGAGGGAAUGUCACUUCUUGAGCGUAUGAGCAUAGAAUUCAGAAUAACUCCCAACAUCCAUCAUUAUGGGUGCAUGGUUGAUCUCUUGGGGCGUGCCGGUUUACUUGAUCAAGCCUAUCAGCUUAUCAUGUCCAUGCAGGUAAAACCAGAUUCAAAAAUAUGGAGGACCUUGCUUGGGGCUUGUAGAAUUCAUGGACAUGUUGGUCUAGGCGAGCGGGUAAUUGAGCAUUUGAUUGAACUGAAAGCUCAAGAAGCAGGGGAUUAUGUUUUGCUACUAAAUAUCUAUUCUUCGGCUGGUCACUGGGAGAAGGUAGCAGAAGUGAGAAAACUAAUGAAAGAGAAAGCAAUCCAAACCACUCCUGGUUGUAGCACAAUCGAAGUGAAAGGACAAGUACACGAGUUCAUUGUGGAUGAUGUUUCACAUCCAAGAAAGGCUGAAAUUCAUAAGAUGCUGGGUGAAAUCAAUCAGCAACUAAAGAUUGCAGGGUAUGCUGCUGAUCUGUCAUCUGAGUUACAUAAGUUGGAUGACAGCGAGAAGGGGUAUGUGCUAUCUUGCCACAGUGAGAAGUUAGCUGUAGCCUUUGGGGUUCUGGUAACUCCACCAGGCACAAAACUGAGAGUGGCCAACAAUCUACGUAUAUGUGCUGAUUGUCACGAGUUUAUGAAAUAUUUUUCUGGAGUUUACAACCGUGAUGUGAUUGUAAGAGAUCGCAGUAGGUUCCAUCAUUUCGGAGGAGGACACUGCUCCUGUAAUGACUAUUGGUAAGGACAUGCUGAGAUAUGUGAAACCAAUGGUCGACCAAUGGAAACUUGGUGGCGGGAUAAGAUUUAUUCCUCAUGUUUUCAUUCCUUGUGGAAAUGCCGACAAGUUGAUUCUGGGCAAGCAGCUUAUGUCUUUGGUGAUGCUCUGAGGAUGCAUUCCACCGCACGGAUACCAACUAGACCAAGUAAAUUGUGAAAGGCUCACGAUUAUCUGAAAUAUGAGACUUGGUGGCGGCUUUAAUUUUUGAUAAAGGUUAUGUCAAAGAUAUUUACUUGUUGAAAAAUUUUUAAGUGGAGA